GGUGCACACAGCGCUGCUGUAUGCUUGGCUCGAUAAAAGUGUGAGAACUUGACAUCGUUCUGAAUGCUUUAUUGAAAAUAAUGAUAUGUUUUGUUUUAUUUCAUCAAGAACAUGAAAUACGUCUACAUAUUUCUGUUCAACGGACUGGGUAAGUACAAAUCUUAUCAGAAAACAUAUUUUUUAUAAUGUUCCUCAUCCUCCUCUUGUCCCUUAGUCUUUGGACAGUUGGGGCGCCACAGAUGACAUGUGAACCAUCUUCCUCCAUUCCUCUCUGUCUUCAGCACUACGCACUGCAUCGCCCAGUGUUAGUCCUGUCCACUCUUUGAUGUUAUCCUCCCACCUUUUUCUUUGUCUUCCUCUUCUUCUCCGUCCUUUUGUGGUGCCCUGCAAUAUUUCUUAGGCAAGCCCUUGUUUCCUUGUUACGUGGACAUACCAUUGUAAUUUGCGUUUUUUCACAGUCACCAGUAGGUCAUCGUACUCCCCAAUUGCCUGACGGACCCUUUCUUUUACUGUAUCAUUGGAGAUAUGGUCCCUAUGGCAGAUGCCAAAAAUGCUUCUGAAGCAUCUCAUCUCCAUUGCCCUUAUUUUCCUUUCAAGAUAGGCUGUUUAUGUCCAGGAUUCGCAGGCAUACAGGAAAAUUGAGAGGACCAAUGAGCGCAUCAGCCUGAUUUAGGUGCUGAGGGCUAUAUUUUUGUCAUUCUAUAUUUUCUUGAGCUUCUUUAGUGCUGUUGUAGUCUGCGCAAUCAGUUCCGGCUUGGAGCCUUCUUCUGAGACUAUUGCUCCUAGGUAUUUGAAGCGGCCGACAGUCUCUAAUCUUUCCUCCCCGACCUUAAUUUCAGUGGUGAUGCCUGCGGUAUUAUUUGUCAUCAGUUUUGUCUUUUCGGCACUGAUUAGCAUGCCGUACGAUGACAAGGUCUUAUCGAGACACUUUACCAGGUUGGCUAGCUCUUCUUCGUUCCCAGCAUGCACGGCUAUGUCGUCCGCAAGAGUAGGUUGGUGAUUGAUCUGCUAACAAUGCUGACUGUCCCUUCAUGCUCUUCCAAGGCAUCUGACAUAAUUCUCUCUAUGAAGAUGUUGAACAGGGUGGCGGAGAGCAGGCAGCAUUGUCGUACUCCAACAGUGGUCUUGAACCAUUCUCCGAUGUUGUUUUUGAGGGAGACUGCACUGGUGGCGUUAUCAUACAGGUUGCAUAUCAUGCAUAUAAUGUUCUAUAAUUUUAUUUGAAUUUCCGGGUCGAACGGCCAAAAGUUCUUGUUUGGUAAAUAUGAAGAGAUUGCGCCGCGUUUUUUCAACAUGGCCGCCAUCUUGGUUGACAAGACAUGUGUAAAGGUCAAGAAUAGUGUCAACCAAGAUGGCGGCCGAUAAAAAAAAAGAAGUGCAAAGACAAGUGUUGUAAAAAGGGCGUGGUUAUGAAGAAUGUGUUCUUUAAACUACUACCGAAAAAUAGGAAAAUAAGCAAUUUUACAAGAAAAUUUUAUUUAAAAAAAAACAAAACACAAAUAUAGUGUGUUUUUACAAAAAUUGUCUUUUUUUUAAAUAUAAAUUACACAUUUUUUUCAAAAAAAAAUAAAUUAAUUGAUUUUUGUCUUUUUCGGGACAAAAUUGCCUAUUUGUUUUUUAAAUUUUACAUUUUUUGGAACUUAUUUUUGUUCUGGUUGAAGGCCUCAUUUCUAAGCCUAACCUGAAAUCUAAACUUGACCUGAACCCAGUGGCGUAGCGAGGAUGUUUGGCGCCCGGGGACAAGAUUCGCGCCCAGGGACAAGAUCCAUUUUCAGCGCCCGUUUUUCUUUUUUUCAACUCUCAAAUCCAUUAUUUUCAUCAAUAAAAUAAUAUCAAAGCACAUUUUGGCGCCCCUAACCAGCUGGCACCCGGGGACAUCUGUACCCCCCUGCCCCCCACCACGCUACGCCUCUGCCUGAACCCUAAAUCUAUCCCUAAACUUUACCUGAAAACUAAAAAUCUCCGUUAACCUAUCUUAAACCCUAAACCUAUCCUUAAACCUAAACCUAACCCUAACCCUAAAAAUAACCCUAAACCGCUAAUCCUCAAGUCCCAAGUAAAAAAAAAACGUUUACGGCCACAAUUCUACAGUGACACAUUUUGUAAGACAACUGUAAAAAUGACGGAAAACGACAUUCAUUCGGCGUAUUAAUAUUAAUAGUAUAGUAAUAUAUAAAAAAAUAACUUUCCAAAAAUAAACAAAGGGGAGUGAAUCCGACACGGAAUCUUAUAUAAACACGCACAAGACGUCAUGACACCAAUUCUCUGCCUUGACCUACUGGGUCUCAUUGAGUCUAAAAUUAAGGCAUCAAUCCACCAAAAGACACGUUUUCCCUAACAUUUCCAUACUCUGUAGUCCUAGGCAUUAUUUGACGAUUUCUUGCACAGCCUAUGAAUUAUUUGGCUAAGUCACGCAGCCACUACGAAUUAUUUUGCUAAUUCAUUUAGUCUCUACGAUUUCUUUGACUAAAUCCUUUAAGAUGUAUAUAUAGCUAAGUCACGCAGCCCCUGCGAAUUAUUUUGCUAAUUCAUUCAGUCUCUAAGAUGUAUUUGAGUAAAACCUUUAAGAUUUAUAUAUCUAAGACACUCGUUACAUACGAAUUAUUUGACUUAGACAUUUUUACCACAUACGAAUUUUUGGACUAAGUCACUCAACCCUAAGAAUUAUUUGACUUAGCCCCUCAUCUCUUAUGAAUGGCGACUUCUAGUUUUGUUAGUGCCAUUCAACGCUUAUUGCAGAAUUUCCAAAAGCAACAGUUAUCAUGACUUUAAAAUCAUGUUAAUUUAGCCAAAUAUUUCAGAAUUUUAAAAUCAUCUUGAUUAAACGAUAGUGCUGUGUUUAUACUAGCCAACAUUUGUUAUAUUUUCUAUGUUUUUAUUUACAACAAUUAAACAUUAAUUAACUAUUCCUAGUACACACUUUGUAGAUGAGGUGGACUUUCAGCUUGCGUCCUGAACAAACUGUACACUAACACACACUCUCUGACUACAGUCCAUGCGCAUGCGCGCUGUUAUACCUAGCUGGCUAUUGGGACGGUCUAGUCCGCUAGUCCACAAUAGCAAAUAGCUCCUCACCCUCCUCAUCCUCAUGUCCCUUUGUCCUUGGACCGUUGGGGUGCCACAGAUGACAUGUGAACCAUCCUCCUCCAUUCCUCUCUGUCUUCAGCACUAUGCACUGCAUCGCCCAGUGUUAGUCCUGUCCACAUUUUGAUGUUAUCCUCCCAGCUUUUUCUUUGUCUUCCUCUUCUUCUCAGCUCCUCUUGUGGUGCCCUGCAAUAUUUCUUUCGCAAGCCCUUGUUUUCUCAAUUAAACAGUAGCUAUCAUGACUUUAAAAUCAUCUUUAUGAAACGAUAGCUAUCAUGACUUUAAAAUCAUCUUGUUUAAACAACAUCGAUCAUGACUUUAAUAUCGUGUUAAUUUUUAAAAAAAAACAGCUAUGAUGACUUUAAAAUCAUGUUUAUUAAACAAUAACUAUCAUGACUUUAAAAUCAUUGUCAUUAAAUCAAUGUUAUCAGAAAAUUAAAAUCAUUUUUACUUUUUUUUAUCUCAAAGCUCAAGUCUUUUGUGAUAAUAAAGUACUGGACAAAAGUUCAGUGCAUGAAGGCGAGUCGUUUACCAUCAGCUGCGGUCAUCUUCACGUGAAUGGGCCUGUUCUGAAUGAGACGUAUUUAUCUUUGUAUAUAUGCAGGGUAAUUGAUGGCAGGAAGUUAAUUCUCCUGAGACUAUUGCAGGCUUUUAAACCUCCCAUUUUAAUAGUAGGUUAUGAUCAAUACGCUUUUUAAAAAAGAAAUCGCAUGACACAUCUUAUUUAUUCGUAAUGUAUUAUUCAUCUUAUUAAUACGUAGUCACAGCUAUGAAUACGUAGUCACAGUUUUAGUAGAUUCCUUUAUCUACAGGUUAAAUGAAAUCAAUUAAUCUCUAUCAUUCAUUAAUAUUGUAUUAUGUCUUUAAAAAUACUUCAUAAAUCGGAACUUUGCGAAUAAUAAAUCCAGCACUGUAAAAUGUUUCAUAAAGGUAAUAUUUGAAUUUUUCCCCUAAAUUAAAAGUGAACAUAAAAUGGAUAAAACAUUUGAACACUUGUAUGUUACCAGAAUUUUAAUAAAGUCAAUAUUCUACACGUUGUUUGUGACCACGGAAUGUCUCUUCCAGGGUUGUCUUCCCUAGACUGUAACCAUGUCCUCCAGACAUUAACUGUAGUGUUGCAUCCUCUAGACUAUAAAAAAUGGCUUUAAUGAUCUAUACAUAAGAACUCUCUAAACUCAACAACUGUGUUGAAAUCUAGACUGCUACUCUUACUGCAACAAGGCGGUUCUCUACUCUUAGGUUGUAACUCUGACAUUGAGACUGUAACAUUCUAAGGGUCAUAAAAUUCUAAGUGUCCAAUCAUUCUUAACAUUACAUGUGUCAAUAAUACUAAAUAUGAUAACAUUCUAUUUGUCAAUAAUUCUUAGUUUUUAUUUCCUUUUUUGUAGCAUAACAUUCUAAGUGUCAUAAUAUUCAGUUUUUAUUUAGACAUGAAGAGUUUCAGAACCUAUAUGUAUUAAUUCCCUUUGAUAUUGCAUUCCAAAUGUGAAUCAGUAAAAAAUAUUCAACUAUCUUUAAUUGCAUGUCACUUAAGAAACAAGAAGACGGGAAUUGUCACACAGCCUGCAGCUUAUCUGAUUACGCAUUAAAAAUAAGCUGCCAAAUAACUGUAAAGCAUGCACGGGUGGAUCACCAGGGGGAAUACCUAUGUACUUUAACUAUUGAUCGUAUCGAUGAUGAUAAUGAGCAUAUAAAGUACAGCGGCUCGUCCACACUCAUUGUCCUGAAAGGUGAGUUCCUGUACGUCUUCUAGGCGGGUUUGUCUGUCUGUCUGUCUUUGUCUUACAGUGAAAAUGUGUCAUUUUUUUGUCUUAGAGUUAAUGUCUGUCUAUAUUUGUCUUUCUGGAUAUUCGUGUCUGUAUUUGUCUUAUUGCGAAUGUAUAUUUAUAUAUACAUAUAUGUGUGUGUAUUUAUAUUAAAGAUUAUGUGUUUCAUUAUUCGCCUUCCUACGGAUGUGUGUUUGUAUGUUUAACUGUGAAUAGGUUAAGUGAUUUUUAAAAUGCAUCAUAGCAAAUAUGUUAUAUGUGAUUUUCUUUUACCAUAAAUCUAUUAUUUGUUUCUCUUUGUCUUAAUAAGAAUCCGUUAUAAUGGUUUGUGUUUAUUUUCACUGAGAAUCUUUUAUUUUGUUCUGUUCCGAUUACAAUGUGAAUCUAAAUAAUUGGUACUAAUUAUUUUUUGAGUAUUUCAAAAAUAUUCUAGUCAUCCCAUCUUUCUAUUUAUGCAUUGUUAAUUUAAUGUUUAAUUAAUUAAUGUGUUAAAGAACGAAACAUAAAAAUCGCACAUCUAUACAUAAUUCUACUUUAUUGCAGUUGCGAUUUUUAUGUCGAAAAACAGUUAAAAUCUUUAGGUGUUAUUGUUCAUUAAAUAAGUGUAAACCUAAAUUCAAAUAAAUUGCCUCAUAUUUUAUUUACAGAACCUAUAACACCUUCUGAGUCGACUUCUAUUUCAACCUUCUUAGGUAUGUUUAUAAGAGGCUUUUCUUAUUUUAUUGGAGUUUAAACAUUGCUUAUGCCACAAUUGUUUUAACGUUUGGCGGAAAAUUAUAUAUAUAUAUAUAUAUAUAUAUAUAUAAGUUAAUGUGAUGGCUUUGUCCUUUGUUUUACAUACAAUCCUUCAAGUUUUAUUGUAAACAUUUCAUUGAACGUUUUUAAUUGUCAUUAGAUCAUAAAUAUUAUCGGACAAUAUUUUAUUUCUUUUUAAUAUCUACUUUCAUGAGAACAAUGUAUAUUUUUGAAAAUGUUAAUUACUAACACGUUAUUACGGUAUUAAUUUUUGUUGAAAUUUGAUCAAUUUAAAAUAAAAUAUUAUUCUUUUUUUUUAAUUCUUGCAUAAUUUAUUUCUUUAGUUCCAGAAACAAGCCAUGAAAUCAUCAAAACAGAAAAUCCGAAAGGUGAUUACAAGACUCCAUGUAUUUUAAUCAUAAUCCAUAAUCAGUACGGAUUAUACUUCUCAUCGUGUCUUUUGCAUAAAUCAGUUCUCACAAUCUUAGUUAUGGAUGCGUUUAUAGAAUUAAAUAAUUAAAUUGAAUGAUUUCAUUCAUACUUUUUCCUUAAAACACUCGGUGAAGUAAAACUGUUAAAUAUAAUGUCACUGGAGCAUGCGUAAAAUGAGUAAAUUAUUAUAAUGCGUUCGAGCACAAAAAUAUCAGUCUCAUUUGUGCCGUUAGAAACGUGAUCGAGAUAUUUGUAUGUACUACUCUAGGGUUAGCACAGAGCGGUUCUUGUUUAAGAUAAGGCCCAAGUUAAAUUUCAAAACAAGAAGACAAGACUACUUUCUAGUUGAUGAAAUUAACGGUUAACAAUUUAUUUCAGAAGUCACCACCGAAGAAAGAUCAACAGCGACCAGCAAUUUCGGCCAAAUAAUUCCCUCAGCCCUGUGUCUCAUGCUGAUAUCUUGGUCUCAAAAAUGGCAAGGCAAUCUGAUUGCUGGCUGAAUAUACCCGUCAAGGAAACGAUAUGGUUCUUGACUUGGAAUAUUCUUAUUUUGAACUGUUUAAUAUUAAACAUCAAACCAAAAUCAGAUUUACAUGACUUUUCGUGAACAGUUUUUUUAUUUUUUAAAAACUGAAUUACAAUUGAAAGAAAAAGAAAUAAUAUCUACUAAGCAAUACAUAUGGCGUUUAUUUUUUCCAAAUUUAUUUUGAAAUUUACUAUUUGAUCACAGAAUGUAACAUAGUUCUUUUAACAAUUUUCUUUUAAUAAGACUAAACGUACACUAUAUUGUAUGAUAAUUGAAUACAAUAAAAAGCAUUAAGAAA